UUCACUGUUGGUAAAAUAGAGUAUUAUGACAGUAGAAAGAGCGCGGAUUAAAAUUGUUUUGUUCCGUCCCCUACAUACACAGCCUAGUGGCUGACGCCGCAAUUGAUUCAAAGAAUAAGAAUUUUCUUAUUUUGUGGUAUGAUGUCUUGAUAAGAGGGAUCGGGAGGACAUGAUCAUCGAUAAACGUGAAUAGCAGAGUCCAGUCCAGGAUAAUUGACAGGCAGUAAAAUGAAAUGUGACCCAGGAACCGCUGAGCUUUUGUGGAUUCAAAGAAAAGCUUAAAAAAUGUUCUCAUCAAGCUGAAAGCCAAGACAUCAUUUGUUCCUUAUCCAGCAUCAGAUAUGUCCAAAGUCCGGUCCACUGGCAAUCGCGGCUAGAAGUGGUUUUGUAUUGCCUACACUUUAAUUGUUAAAAUGUUAUGUUUGUGGUUCACAUUGUUAUAAUUAUUAUAAUGCAGCACGAUAACUUUUUGUUUUCUAAAAGAAACAAGUAGACACUGCUGGACCUUGGACAAUUUUCGCGUUACCGAAUACGGCACUUUUCAAAAAGUUUAGACACCCCCGAAUUGAUGCGAAGAAUGUCGUACCACCUUAAAGCGGGUAGUCCAAAGUUCAACUUUGGCAACUGUGUUCGACCAUCAAAAGCCUAGUACUGGAAUUCCGUGACCAGUCUGUCUGCUGAGGAAAAGCUCAAACAAGGAAAAUGACUACUGUAGGGAAAAUAACAAAUUUUAUCCAAUGGGCGGACAGUAUGAAAGAUGAAAGGACAGCAGACUGGCUGUUUGUCUCCAGCCCAGUCCCAACAUUAGCAAUGACACUAGUCUAUUUGCUGUAUGUGAAAUGGAUUGGUCCAAAGAUGAUGGAAAAUCAGAAACCAUUCAAUUUAAAAUACCCAUUAGUACUAUACAAUGUAGCUUUGACAAUCUUGAAUUUUUACAUAUUCAAGGAGCUUGUCCUUGGGGCCAUAGAUGCUGGGUAUAGCUUUCCAUGUCAACCUCUUGUUUAUGAUAAGGAUCCAAAACAUAUACGGAUUGCUGCAGCAGUAUGGUGGUAUUACUUUUCAAAAGUUAUUGAAUUCAUAGAUACGGUUUUCUUUGUCCUAAGAAAGAAAGAUGAGCAAAUCAGUUUUCUGCAUGUCUAUCACCAUGCUACAAUGCCCUUUUUGUGGUGGAUUGGAGUAAAAUGGGUUCCUGGAGGCCAAUCCACAUAUGCAGCUCCAAUAAAUGCAUUUGUGCAUGUUGUUAUGUACAUGUAUUAUGGACUAUCAGCACUUGGGCCUGAAUACCAAAAAUAUCUAUGGUGGAAGAAAUACCUGACUCAGUUACAACUAUUCCAGUUCUUUUUCGCCCUGAUCCACUCAACGCAUUCCUGGUACACCGAUUGCCCCUUUCCAGGAUGGAUGUAUGCUGCACUGAACUUGUACCUGGUAUCGUUCAUAUUUCUCUUUGGGAACUUCUACCUACAGGCGUACAUACGAAAGCAACGCUUGUACUGCAAAGUGAAGCUUGAAGAUCACAGCAACGGCAAGCAGAUUAAGAAUGGUCAUCUGACCAAUGGUGUGGAUAAAAAGAUUAACUAGAAAUGUAAAACAAAUUGAUAUGCACCAUCUUUUGGUCUGAAAUCGAACGUUUGAAAGACUUUUUUACUAAUAUGAUUUUAUGUUGGCGUCAGAAGUUUAAACUUAACCAUGAUAUAUUGUUUUAAAUGAUAUAUUGCAAAUCAAAUCUAUUGACUUUAGUUUACAUUGGGCAAAUUCAAUGUUCAGUAAUUUGUCAACCUAGAGUUCUUAUCUGGUAUAUUUAUAGAUAUUUAUAAAAAACUUGUAUUAAUUGUUGCACAGAUCAGCUCUUUAUCAGAUCAUGGUGCCAGUACUCCAUGUAAGGUCCCAGUACUCCAUGUUAGGUCCGAUUUGUGCUGUACCUUAGAUUCAGAACAUCAAAGCCCUGUGCUAACAAAGCAAUUAAAAGCAAAUUUAUCCAAACCAACAACCAACCUCACAACAUCUUGAAAUGAUACCUUAAAAUAACUUUUAUUGGAUUCUUUACCUCUUUCGUCUAAGAACAGGUACCAUCAUCUGUUUCCUACCACAUCAUUUCACGUCUUACCAUUUCUUGUGCAACCAUUACUAUACAAAUUACACUGUGCUGCUGAAUUCUCACAAACAGAAUGCUAUACAAAACACAAUGGCACCAUACCAAGCUACUCCAAAUCAUAGCUUGACAUACCGAAUCAUACCAUAACAAACCAUACCAUACCAUGACCUGCCAUGUCAUACCAUGCCAUUCCAUACCAUGCCAUAUCCGACUGCAUCACCAUGGAGUCGAGAGGGUGGCAAUGAGUAGCAAAUUGAAAGUUGCUUUUCUCGCAGCAAUACCCCGAGUAUUGACAUUAUUUUUGGUUUUCACACAAGAACAGUUUACCAAAAGUGCUGUGAUUUUGACCAGAAUCGUUGUACAAAAAGUCCAGUUUAAAAUGAAACAAUUCCAGAUAUUUAUAAAAGCUCGGUUUACAUUGAAUGACAUUUUCCCCCACGAGCCCCAGGUUUCAUUUUCCCUACGUAGAAUAGUAUCUUAAAUACUUGCAGCUUUUUCUUCAACAUGCCUAUGUUUCAGAUCUCACUGUCUCUAUUUUCGUCAAUUUUGAGUGGUAUUUUGAUUUGAUGUAUUUGCACGUGAUUGAUUGAUGUAAAAUAUACAUGGAAUUGACUGUG